AUGGAGCGCAACCAACCCAGCAGCGGCGCGCUUUCUGCCGGACACAACCAGCAGUCCGGUUUCUGGAGACCUUGGGACAAAACGGAGGGCGAACCCCCACAGAGGACGGCUCCUUCUUUGCGCGCGGACCUUUACGCGCAACCCAAAACUCAACAACUCCUCCAUCCUGUGAAGUUGUUCUGGCCCAAAUCCAGAUGUUUCGACUAUCUGUACCGGGAUGCAGAAGCGCUCCUGCGCAGCUAUCCGAUCCAAGCGACCAUCUGUCCUCAUGARGACUCCAGCGUCGAUGAAGAAAGCGAGGAUGAGGAGGAAGAGGCAGAACAAAAGCAGGAUUAAAACUCGCAAACUAACACCUCCGUAUUUAUACCUGACUUAAUUUAUUCCUGUAAAUAACUAACAUGUACAGAAAAGUCCUGAUGCAUCUCAGUUAUCAGGUAAAAAAUCAAAAAGAAAAAAAAAAUUGUAUAGGUC